UCAAAGGGGACUCUUGUACUGUAGUUGUGUUCACGCAAAUGAAUCAUUUACUUCAAGCCCUGAGAAAGGACUUUAUAUGAGCUUGGUGAUACAGGUGCUAAAAAUCUUAAACCAGUAAAUUUUGCACAACAGAGAAGUUAAUAGUGAUGAUAGAUUAAUUUUUUUGUAUUCCUAUCAGUCUUCUAAAUAUUUUCUGUGUUUUAAGAAACUACAAUUCUCAAAUCAGUAUUUACUGUUAAGUUGGCUUUCAUCUUCAUACCCUAAUUAAAAGGAAAAGUGGGUUUCUUAGUAGUAAAUACAAGUGUUGUUGACAUACAGUGAUGUGGUUUGGCUGUCAGCAGUUUGGUUUUUUUGUUUGUUUGUUUGUUUGGGGUUUUGUUUUUUUUCUGUUUGUUUUUUUUUUUUUCUGUAAGGAUUCAAUUUUAUUUUUUUGCUGUAACCAGCUAUAUAACCUUAUAAGGAGUUCUUUCCAAAUGCUUUUACUCUAAUUGUUUGCUGUUGUGCUGGUCAGGAGCAUAGUUUUAAACUUCUAAAGGUGAUAUCCUUGAUGAUUAGUAAAUACACACUUACGCCAGUGUUGUUCUUUAGCUUAAAGAUGCUAAGCCUCUUGGCAACAAGUGACUGUAGUCAAUCAGAAAAAUCUCCUCUAGACCAAAAUUUGCUACAUGGUGGGCAGUGAACCUGGUGGCUUGAGUUGCUGACCCAUUCCACUGGGCUGCCUUCUCAAGCAGCCCUGUUACAUUCCGAGAUACGUAUCUGUUAUUAUACUGAAACCACGCAUCCGGACUUUUAGGUGAAGUUGGAUUCUGUAGCGUCAUAAAAACAGAUGCCUCCUAGAUUACAUGGCACUUCUGUUGUGUGACUGCAGAUGCAUCAGUCACCUAAAUGUUGUCUACAUUUUGAUUAUAAAGAGUGUGGGAGUAGAACAAAGCAUUCUUUGCCUCUUUAAAAUAUUUUCAUGACCUGCACUUGCUAUGUUUCUCUGGUUUUUGUUGGAGUAGAGGAAGGAUAUUUCCAGAUUAUUUUUUUAGUUUGUUGAUAGUCUAAAACAAGAAGAGAUUUUAAGUAAACUUAAAUGUAGGUACUAUUUCAGGAUCUUAUUACAAGUUUGGAUUAGCCUCUACAAAUACAAUGAGUGAAAAGAAGAAAGUAAAUCAGUAAAUAAAAAAUAAUUACUGGGAAAGAAAAAAGAAUUAAAUCCAAUCUCUUAGCCUUUAUUAUAUUUCCUUGGUAAGCCAAACCUACACCUUUCUAGGGAAGAGUGAUUAAUUAAUCAGGAAAAAACCUGCCCACCUCUUCCUCUUCUGGCACAGCUUCCUUUAGUGUAGCUCAGUAUUUGAAUUUCCACUAAUGCCCUGUACAGUGGUGUCAAUGCUUCUGUCCAUGUAGUGGAAGUAGUUUUAUUUUUGCCCUUGGAUUUUGCUUACCCCCAUAUUUUCUGUGGUUUAAUAUCAUUAGAAUUGACAGAUGUCUCCUUUCUUUCAUCUCCCUUACAGCAGAGAAUCGUAGGUUUGCUUGAAAAUAUCUGCUCUUUAAUUUAAUAUAGUAUCCCAUUUUUGUUAUCCACAAUCAUUAUUCUGUUUUAGUAUAAUUGCCUGAUUUUCCUGAAUUAACAAUGCCUCUCAAGGCUGCCAGCAAAAAAGCCCAAACCAAACCCAAAUUCUUUGGAAUUAAUUAUUUGUAUUUCCUAUAUUUGGCCAAGACCAACAAUCUAUGUACAGUUAAAACAGUGAGUUAACACAUUUUAGAAUUCAGACAAACCUACUGGAUUCUUUUCCGCUCUUCAAUUGAAAUACAUCACACAUUUUGAGGAGUACAUUCCAAAAGAGACGAAGAACCUGCAAACUUCUGUACAUGUUGGUACUUUAAGUUUUUGUUACCAGGGGAACAAGGAUUGUAAAACACCAAUUGCCUUUUCUCACUCUAUAAACACUGUAAAGGAAAUAAGUAAUUCUGUGUUUUUAUUUUGUAAUGCAUAACUUUAACUGUUCAAAGUAUUUCACAGUUUUGUUUGUUGAUGUCAGUUGAUCAAGAUCUAAAAAUCUGUUGAGUGUUUUCUCUUAAAUUAUUCAAAUGGAAAUGUACUGUGUUUCUAAGUUCAGCCUUUAUUUAAAUAGACAAUAUGGUAACUGAAUUUUUAAUGCCUUAGAGAUGUUUUUGGAAAAGUUAGAUUUUUUAAAGUUAUUUGUUUAUUCCUCUGGUUUGCUUCUGAUCUCGAAGAUGAAAUAUUUAGUAUCAGGCAUGUCCAUGUUCUUCUGAUGUUUAACUUUUAAGAAAUAAAUAUCUCUGAUGUAAUGAGAUUUGAUGGUUACAGAUUCCUUGCUGUCUCGGAGUUGUGUCAGCUGAAUCUGAAUUGUUAUUAGGAGAUAAUUAUAACAUCAGACACCGUUCCAAGCAACUAGAUAGAUUUCAACUAAUCCAUGCAGUAGGGUCAUCAUUAAGAAGACAUUUUAUUCUAAAGUAAACAUUGUUUGGCUAUCUCUCUGUAUAUUCUUACUGAUUUUUAUUCCAAUUUGCAGUAAUGGAACAACUGCAGGAUCCGGUUAUGCAAGAAGAUGCAAAUAUUAAAACCAUUAAUGAAGAGUACAGGAAUGCCUUUAUUUUUAUCAAUAAAGGACUGAAUACAGAUGAAUUGGGUCAGAAGGAAGAGGCAAGAAGUUACUAUGAGCAAGGGCUUGACCACUUGCUCCGAGGAAUUAGCAUUCCAUCAGAGGGUCCUGCGUGUGUAGGGCCCCAGUGGGAGUCUGCCAGGCAAAUGCAACAGAAGAUGAGAGAGACCCUGCAAAAUGUUAGAGCUCGACUCAGCAGUCUAGAGCAAAACACUCCACCAGUACAGGCAUCUCCUGCUAUGAUGGAUGCCCCUCCUGGGGUGCCCAAGUUAUACCCCUCCAUUCCUUCCAAAGAAAAGCCAGAAAGACCCCCUCCCCCUAAUUCUCUAUUUGUACCAAGUCAGCCACCUUCAGCAGAUGGAAGUGGUGCAGCUGUGAGUCAGGGGCAGAUUCCAGCUAUGAGUCCAUCUUCUGCAAAACCUCUCUGUCUGCCAAAUGAAGCACCUCCUGCCUAUACUCCUCAAGCUACCAAUGGCCACUUUACUGUGUCCUAUGGCACAGACUCUGGGGAGUUUUCUUCCGUUGGUGAGGACUACUACAACAACAAAUGUACUCAGCCACCUCCCCUGGAAAACCUGGGAGUGGAUGCAGAUGAGCUGAUCUUGAUUCCCCAGGGAGUACAGAUAUUCUUUGUGACUCCUGAUGGGCAGGUUAGUGCUCCUUCAUAUCCUGGAUAUCUGCGCAUUGUGAAGUUCUUGGAUACAGAUAGUGAAGCUGCUCGGAAUCGUCCACCAGCGUUUCUUCAGGUUUGUGACUGGUUGUAUCCUCUGAUGUGUACCCAGUCUCCUGUUCUGUGCUGCAAUACUGGGGUCUACAUGUUCCCUGACACAGUGUCCCAGAUACCAGGGUCCUAUGUGGGAGUAGUGCUGUCUUCAGAACUUCCAGCAGCUGACAGAGAGCUGUUUGAGGAUCUGUUAAAACAGAUGUCUGAUCUACGAAUCCAGUUCCCUGAUACCAUGUCGCAGGUGCCAGGACCCCAUGAGAGAGUAGGGUUACCUUCAGAGCUCCCAGCAACUAAGAGAGCACAUUUUGAAGAUAAAUUUAAACAGAGGUCUGGCCACAAAGUCCAGCCUUCUGAAGCCUCUAGUGAUGCAAUUAACUUGCCUCAGACUGUACAUAUCCAGCCACAACCUGAACAAGCAGAAGAUCAGAAAGAGUUACCAGAAUGGAGUGAGAAAGUUGCCCAUGGAAUCUUGUCAGGUGCAUCUUGGGUAAGCUGGGGCCUAAUGAAAGGAGCCGAAUACACGGGUAAAGCUAUUCACAAAGGAGCUUCUAAACUGCGAGAGCACAUUAAACCAGAAGAAAAGCCUGUGGAAGUCAGCCCAGCUGUAGCAAAGGGACUUCAUGUAGCAAAACAGGCUACUGGAGGAGCUGUGAAAGUCAGCCAAUUCUUAGUUGAAGGGGUGUGUUCUAUAGCAAGCUGUGUUGGAAAGGAGCUGGCUCCACACGUGAAGAAGCAUGGCAGCAAAUUAGUUCCAGAAUCCCUAAAGAAAGAUAAAGAUGGCAAAUCUACUUUUGAUGGUGCUCUGGUUGUAGCAGCAAGUGGAGUUCAAGGGUUUUCAACAGUGUGGCAAGGUUUAGAAAAUGCAGCGAAGUGCAUUGCUAAAAGUGUUUCAACUGAGACUGUAAAAACAGUCAAAUACAAGUAUGGAGAGGAUGCUGGUCAUGCUACAGACAAUGCUAUGAAUUCUGCAAUCAAUGUUGGUGUUACAGCAUUUAACAUUGAAAAUAUUGGUAUCAAAGCUGUUGUAAAGAGAACUGCAAAGGAAACCGGCCAUGCUGUGCUAGAUGAAUAUAAAGUAUUGGAUAAUGAGAAGAAGGGUAAAAAAUGAAAGCAAUUAAAUAUUUCUCAGAGCCUUACAUUAGAGUUGAAACUUCCUAUUUAGAAGUAACUACACUGCUCAUCUGAAAUUGAACAUAAGUCACACUAUUUUUCAAGCAACUGUUAUUUAAUUUGACAGGCAAAUGUAAAAGUAGGAAGAGCAUUUGUAGAAGGAAAAAAUGAAAGUUGUCACCUCCUUGUUCAGUACAGAACAAGAGGUUUAAACAACUGGAUCAGGGCUUUAGGCAAUUGGAAGGAUAUGAGUUUGCAGUUCAUAUACUUGCAUCUUUAAGUACAUUUUCAAAAUAAUAUAUGGAAUAAUAGAUUAAUAUAGAAAUACUAUUGUGAAUAUUUUUGUAAAACUAUAUUUUUUAAGAAGGUAGUGAUACAGAAAGAGAGGGAUUGCUAAUUCUGGAAUAAAUAAAAUUACCAGUUUUGGCUUUAUAACUAUCCUUAAGAAUUAGUUUUACUAAUCGAGUCUUGUCUUAUUUAAUAUGCAUUACUAAAUAAGCAUUGUGUUUCAUUUUUUAAUAGAGAAUUUCUCUUUUCACGUACAAAAAAGCUGAUCUUACCCAAAGUUCAUGUUAGGAGAAAUUAAAGAUAAACCUCAGGUAAUUAGGUAGUCAUUCUCUUUCAGACUUUUCUUUUCAUCCAGCAUAUAAGUAAACCAAAGAUACCAACCAUUACUUCUAAAAGAGUUAUUUACAGGACUAGAAAAAUGCAUUUUCCAGUUGACUUCAUAAGGAAUAUACAAGGAUUCUUUGAAAUUCAGGUUUUUAUGUAGAGAGAAUAAGUAUGGUUUUGCAUAAAUUAUUUUUCUGUGAAAAUAUUAGAGGGCACUGGGAAAGUCUAUGCACUCUGUAUUUUUCAGCUGAUUCAGAUAAUAUAUCAUGACCUCCUGAUGGAAGACUCCUAAUGUUUGAACAAAUAGUUGUAAUGGUCAUCAUCUUUAAUCCAUUAAAUUGAUAAUUGCACAAGGGUGUGAAGUGGUGAAAAAGACAAUGAAGACAAACCCUUUUAAUGAAGUGUUGUGUAGAAUAGACACUUCUGUGUAGAUUUGUAAUCCCAUUUGUAGCCCAGUGUAAAAUAACGCAAGAUGUUAAAUCCUUGAGAUGCUUUGACCCUGCUGCUUAUUUAACACUUUACUGUUGAAUCUUAAAGCUGCUACACAUUCUGAUACUGGCUGGACCUGCAACAGACAGAAUGCCAACAACUUAAAACUUAUCUCCAUUUCAUGUAUAUGGAGAAAAUAACUAUAAUUGGCAAGUGAUAUUUUUAGAAGAUUGAAAAAAUGCAGUAACAACUACAGUCUGUUAGAAUGGUAAUAGGUGCAUAUUUUGUGGUAGCUACUGAAGGUGUAUGCUUAAGGCAAAAAAUGUGAAAGAAAGGAUCUAACCACUUGAAGUGUAACUUUGAUUUAUGGAAAUAAAGAUAAAAUCUGUGCUUGACCUUUUUAUGAUAUGAAACUUCCAUAUGGAUCCAUAAGUGGAAGAACUAGGACUUCUUCAGAAGUAAUAAAAUAGCAGUAUGGGGUUAUAUAUACAGUAUAAACAAGCUCAUCAACUAAAGCUUAAAGAUUUCAAACUAAUAAGUUCAUCCAAAGUACUGUGCAACAAUUUCUGUUACUAUAGUCUACCACUUGCCAGCUUGUGUAACCAGUUAAGGAUUGCUGAAGACUUAACACUAGCAAAAGCAUUUUUUGUUGCUAUGGCCUGUAUUUACAAUAGGGAUAUAGGUAUUUGUAUCUUCUUUCUCCCUCCCAUUUUGAGGUUUUGCAUAUAGCAUGUCCUUCAGUUUCCUCUAUAAAUCAUCAAAACAAAGAGUUGUAUUAAAACAACAGUUAGAUCAAGGUAUUACAGUCUUCAAGAGACCACAUUGGAGUACACUGAGGAAUAACAACAUUUAAAUGCCAUCAGUAUCAGGUAGUGGUGUUCUGCUCAACCGGCUGUUCUCUUCAUGUGUAUGUCUUUCAAAAUGGAUUAAAACUAUUUUUUAAAUGAUGCCUACCCCAUUUUACAGCUUGUAAUGUGAUAUAUCCAUGAUCUUCCCUUUUACAUUGCUCCAAAGUUUAGUUAAUUUUCCCAGCUGAUGGCAUGAUGCUUGAACUUACCUCACUUCACCUGCCAUUCCUUAAGCCCAUUCCUUAGCAACUCCAUAGGCUUCUCCAUUCUUCACAACAGCCUUCUCAUAUUUACUGCCUUAUCUCAGCUCUCCCUUUUAUAUAUUAAGCUCUCCAGGUAAGGUUGGCUUUCUAUUCACAGCUGGUUUGGUUUCUUUGAACACUGAACAUCUUUUGAUACAUUGCAUUCCUAGAAAUUUUACUAAGCCAUGUAAUGUAUGAACUACUAUGUGAUUUUCUGAGGCAUUCUUACUUCCAAAUUUAUUCAAAGACCUUUCUGCUACAAUAUUGGUCUCAAAUCUUAUCUUGAGAGGAUUACUUUCAAUGAUCUCCAAGUCAUUCUAAGCUCUAGCCAUCUCUGGCAUUUUCAUCAUUGUGUAGAUACAAACCAUGGUUCUUAUCUCAAAUCUAAACCCAUGUAUUUGAAUUGAUUCCUCUAGAUUCCAGUGGUUGUUUGGUUUGUUUAAUGCUGUUUUAAAACCAACUUGGAAUAGCCUAUUUUUAAUGUUCCCUGAAUAAAUCCAUAAUCCAUUAAAAAUAAUUGGUAAACCUACCUUCUGCUACAAAAAACAUGCUGACCAGCUUACGAUGGAAGGGUGAGGGUUGAACAGAGACCCUGGUCUGUAAUCCACUUCCUGCUCAAAACAGGUCCAGCCUGGAGUACAGUCCUCUGCCCCAAUUCUGUUCAUGUUGUGAUUAUCUCCAAGCAUUGAGACUUUUCAGCCCUUCUGGGCAACUUUUACCCAACUUGACUCUGCCCAUUAUUCCCCCUUACACUGAGCCAAACAUUUUAAAAUGCAGGUGCAUUUUAUUGCAUAUCCUUCCAUCAUGCACACUGGAGGAAACUUAAACUUUGGCUUCUCCAUCUUAGACUUUCAUAUUGCAUAGCUGAUUACAGUGCUAAGCUCCCCUUAUGCCUUCUCUUCUCCAGCCUGAACAAAGGCAAGUUCCUGACCUAAUGCAGCCCUUGAGACUUGUUAGGGAGUCAAAAGCUAAGCACUUCAGCACCUGCUGAAUAGAGUGGAAGAACCAUCUCCCUCAGGCUCCUGGCCACGCCCUUGCUAUGGCAGCCCAGGAGUCCUUCAGUCUUGUUUGCUGUAAGCUGUUGGUGGCUCAUGGCAGCUUCUUCACCAGGAAGACUGUGUCUUCUACAACAUGGCAUUACUCCAGUUAACCAUGCCAGAUACUGGGCUUUGCACUUGACUUUUGUUGCAUUGCAUUAGGUUUCUCCAGGCUGUACACCUACCCAUGAAUAGUCACCCUUUUCAUCCUGCAUACUAACUGCUCCUCUCAACUCAUUGCCAUCAUCAAAUUUGCUGAGCUCAUACUUAAGUCUUCCAGGUUAUCAAUCAGGAAUUAAGGGUAUUGGCUCAGGUAUUGAUCCCAGAGUCAAACAGUCAUACUGAUGAUCUCCACACUUCAAGCCUGAUGGCCCAGCCAAUUUUCCAGGAGCCUUAUGAAGCAGUUAUCCAAUCUAGAACUCACCAAUUCAGCUAUAAAAGUACUGUGGGAGACUACAUCAAAGUCUUUGGUAAAGUCAAAAUAUACAACAGCCACAAGUUUCCCCUUGCCCACACAGCCAUUCAUCAUACCUUAGUUACUGGUGCUACAGAAAUAACUUUGUAAAAAUUAAUUUAUGCUUUCAGCAAUUAGUCUGCCUUACUUUUAAGUAACCCCAGGUGUUUAGUGCCUUUAUGUAUCAUAAAUACAUAUUUAAGUAUAAAAUUCUGUUUUCAAAACAUUGUGUUGUGAUCAAGUUUUCUAACUUCUUACUAAAAUUUUUGAACUCAACCCAUUAAAAGCCUUAAAACAAUGA